CGAUUGUUAUAUCUGAUAUUGAGAUUAAACAUUUUAAGGAUGUUCAUUAUUCCUAAUUCUAUAAUGUUAUAAAAUAUACGUCAUCAAUUAUGAGAACAGGCGUAAUUCUUAACCAAUUUCCAUGAACAAGGCCUCAUUUUAAUGACGAAGGUUUAAUCUACGACAUACUUUCGAAUUUUUGAAAAAGCUUCAUUUUUUUUUUUUUUUUUAAAUCGUGUUAAAGAAUGGUAUUUUUCAAGAAUAGUUUAUAAACAAGUAAAAGGCUUUUUGUAAUGAUCAAAAACAAUCGCAUAAACGUAUCAUUAGUUCCUUACAAGUAUAUUCAAUGGUUUUCUUUUUUAAUAUUAGAUUUCAAAUAUAUCAGGUGACGCUACAAUCGGAAUACUCUAUGAAACUAAACAACGCGUCAACAAAGCGUAUAACCUAACAAAAGUAAAGAACACGUGUUUAAGUUAAUUUCUUUAAAACAAUAGUGUAAUAUUUAUAUGUGAAUAUAAACAAGUUGUGCAUUUGUAACAAACGAAUAUAAUAUUAAUAUAAAGCACAUUUUAUAUUUAGUUAGUAUAAACAUAGUGAAAAUGAAACGAUUAUUAGAAGGCGUUAUAGAUGAGGUUAUUAUACAACCUAAAAAAGUGAAACCUAUAAUCGUUAAUUUUCAAAACGGCGAGCUAAAAGAUGAAGCAGCGGAGACCAUGUCUUGUGGUCUUUUCUAUGAUAAAAAAAGAGAAAAAAAAUUACUGGCUGUGUCCAAUGGACAAAUUGUAUAUAAAGGUUACACGCCAGAUAAUAAACAGCAGUUUAUGCAAACAAUGCUUGUACUUCAUAAUAAAAGGACUGGGAAGAUUAGAUUGGUACAAGCAGAAAGGUGGUCUGUAAGUCCUGUUCUUGAUAAACAAGUCAUAGAUAACAAUAAAAAUACAGAUGCUGAGAGAAUUGCUUUAUUGAAUAAACAGUUUGGUUCAAAAAAAGUAAAGAGAAAAACAGAGCAAUUUGAAAGAAUGAAGAUUAAUGUCAAUGCUGUUAAAGAUGAUCUUGAAAAAACUGUUUCAAAUAUAGAAAUAAAUAAAGAAGAUCUAGAGACACAAAUAGCAGAUAAUGAUAGUAUAACAAACAUACAUUUACCUCAUUGUAACAGAGAUGCUACUAAUGUAAAAGACGUUUAUAAUAUAAAUGAUAUCAUACCAGAAAAUAAAUUAGAAACUCUCUACGAAACAGCUAAAGAAACUAUAAAUUGUGUUCCUGAAGGCAAAUCAAAAUUUUUCACGCAUGCCUUAAGAUUUUUGAAGUCUGACCCAGAUAAUAUAAGGAAAGUAGCUCUUCUAUUGUACAUUGAAACAGUUUCCAAAUGGUUAAAUAUCCCCAUAAAGGAUGCAAAAAAACGUGGAAUUAAUAUUUGCCCUUAUUCGGAAGAAGUUAAUUCACACAUUAUUGAAACUUAUAGCAUACAAAGUUAUAGUGGAAGGUUGAGACCUGCUAGUAUGAAAGAUAAAGCUAUCAUACAUUGUAUAAUUUUAGGCUUGAUUAUUUCUGACUUUAUAAUAGAUCUAGAAUUACUUGCAACUAUAUUAAAUAGUCGAAUAGGAAUUAGAAAAUUAAUAGAUCUUGCCAAAAUAAUUGCAGCUGUGCCUAACAAAAAUGACAAGAAAACAUUCACUUUAAAGCUUCCUUUACCGGAACAAGUUACUAUGGUUAAAAAAGGAAAAAAGAAACGAUCUUAAAUAAUAUUAUUAAAAAUGAAAAAUAGAAUAACAAAUUGUAAUAUAACAUAUAUUUUAUUUUUAAAAAUUAUUAUAUGCCACAAAAGUAUAUAUCAUAACAUUACAAAGAAUAACCAAAUUUUGUUAUCCAUUUUAAUCCAUCGACAGUAUUUGUUUUUGGUACAUAUUCUAAACCAAUGUAUCCUUGAUAACCUUUAUUUUCCAAUAAUGAGAGAACAUAUUUGUAAUCUAUCUCACCUGCUGUAUCUGGCUCAUGUCUGUGUGGUACUUGAGCUAUUUGAAUAUGCCCUAAAAUGGUUUAAGAUAAUGAAAGUAUAACUUUAUUGUUAUACGUAAAUAAAAUAUUUGAUAAAUUUAUUAAUACAUACCAAUAAAAGGAAGCAACUCUUCGAUAUUAUGCGUAAGAUUGCCACAACAAUGUUGCAUGUGAAAAAUAUCAAGUUGCAAUUUUAAAUGAGGACUGUUAAUUUUUUUAACGAUGUUCAAGCCUUUGACAAACAUGGAAGGAAAUUAUUAUAUAUCUACAUAAAAUUAUAAUAUAUAUAUAUAUAUAUUAUAAUUUUAUAUAUUUUUGUUAUCAAUUAAAAUUUUACCUUUUGAAAAAUUGUUCAUAUAAUAAUUUGGUACAGUAAUGCUAUUAAUCGGCUCAAUAACACCUAUUAAUCCUUCUUCUUUAAAUUUCUCUACAGCAUACAACAAAUUUUUUUCAUAAACUUUAUCAUUGUCUACAGUUGGAUUAUUUACUUUUCCGGACAUAACAUGUAUCCUAUAGACGAGUAGUCAAUCAACUAUUUUAAUAACAAAAUAUGUAAAUAUUGCAAUAAAUUAUCAAAAAGUUAUAAUCAUU